GGGGAGAUGGCGCCGCCCUCGCCCGCCCACAAAAUGGCGGCAGGCGGGCUGCUCCGGCCACGCCGACCGGACCGGUUCGUCUCCGUUCCUCGGUACACCCGAUCCCUGAGCCGACGCUGCCCGGGGGAACAGGCAGCCCGGUGCGGUGUCCCCUGAUGGAACUGGGUCGUCUGGAGUACCUGCAGGCGCUCGUCACCGAGUUCCAGGUGACGGACAGCACAGAGGCCAAGGAGCAGGUGCUGGCGAACCUGGCCAACUUCGCCUACGAUCCCAGCAACUACGAGUAUCUCCGGCAGCUCCAAGUGCUGGACCUGUUCCUCGAUAUGCUUACCGAGGACAACGAGACCCUCGUGGAGUUUGCCAUGGGUGGUCUUUGCAACCUGUGCUUGGAUAAAACAAACAAAGAGUACAUCCUGGAGGCCAACGGGGUGGAGCCCAUCAUCAACUGCCUGUCCAGCUCCAACGAGGAGACCGUGGUGUCGGCCGUGACCACGCUGAUGUUCCUGACGACGCCGCGGUCACGCGCGCAGACCACGGCGCUGCCCGUGGUGGAGUGCAUGCUCCGCUUCUCGCUCUCGGCCAACACGCGCCUCAGUAACCUGGCCUCUAUCUUCCUGCAGGACUACUGCAGCCCUCUGCAGGUGGAGGAGGCUAGGAACCUCAGCAAGCACACGGCAGUGGGCAUUCCUCUGCCCAAGGACUGAGCAGGGCUGCGGAGAGGGGAACCUCCUGCUGUUCUCACUUCCUGCUCAGCAGGUCAAGAGCAGCAUUAAAGAGGAGAGCUGGUCCCACCAGUGCUGGUGUUUGGUUAACAAACGGGAAGGAACAGCAGUAACACGACAGCUGGGCCAAGCACACAGCUAAGCCUGCAGAUAUUUAAAAUAAAGCAGGUCAUGGCUGCAUAUUGGAACGUGCUUUGCCAAGUGCAGCUCAGCACCUGGCUUGCACAAACAACCCUUCCCAGCAAUGAGGGGUGUUCUGCUUGGGUUAUUGGGCAGAAUUAUAUCCACUCUGGUUCCUGGCUAGUUGUGCUACACCUCUCCCCUUCAGCUUCCGUGACAAGUGACACUAAAUGUCAACUCAAGUCACUGAAAUGUCACAGAAAUGUAUUCCUCCUGCAGAGAAAGGAGUUUCCCUGCCCUUGCAGUUUACAAUCUUUCCAUCCCUGUGGCCUAAUUAUGCCAUCCUCUAAUCAUGGCACAGGCAGCCAGCUACGGAAUCACUACAUAGGGUGGGCUGUAACUACUCUAUAAAUUAAGAAGUGGUUUGUCUUUUAUUACCAGUGGUGAGAAAGGUGAAGGAAUUAAAAAAAAAAAAAAAAAAGGAGAGGGGCUCAUGGCAGUCUGGCUCAUGAGAACAGCUGUCUUAUAAAAGCUUCGGUUAAUAAAACAUUAACUUAA